GGAUCUCUGUGAGUUUGAGGCCAGCCUGGUCUACAAAAUGAGUUCUAGGACAGCCAGGACUGUUACACAGAGAAAGCCUGUCUCAAUAUAUUUAAAAAAAAAAAAAAUUUUCUUUUUGUGUGUUUGAGUGGGUUUGUGUGCAACACACAAACACAGAAGAGGGUGCUGGAUCCCCGGAACUGACGUGACAUGUGGCUGUGAGCCACCAUGUGGUGCUAGGAAUUGCACCCGAGCUCUCUGCAAACUCGCCAAAGCUCUUAACCCUGCAGCCUUCUCUUGAGCUCCUAAUUAAAUAUUUUUUCUUAUCUUUUCUUUUCUUUUCUUUUCUUUUCUUUUUCAAGCGGGGUUUCUCUGUGUAGUCCUGCUGUCCUGGAACUCACUCUGUAUACCAGGACAGCCUUGAACUCAGAGAUCUGCCUACCUCUGCCCCUUGAAUGCUCCUAAUUUGGUAUUUCUAGUUGGUUAGAGAAACCCAAUACACCACAUAUGAAGGCCCGCAAAGGUCAUCAGUUUAUGAAAGUCUUUUCUAUUUGAGGGCUGGGAUGUAGCUUAGUUGAUGGAAUGUUUGCCUACCAUACGUGAAGCUUUGGAUCCAGUCUCCAACAUCGCUCAAACUCCAGACAUGGGGAUAUAUCCGUAAUGCCAACACUAGAAAAGUAGAGGCAGAAUAAUCUGGAAUGCAAGGUCACCCUCAGCAAGUAGUGAGCUUGGUUUUGUGGGGGAGGUGUUGGCUGCAUAUGAGUAUUCUGGGAAAGAAACCCAUAAUAAUAAUAUAAUGAAAAGAUUUUUUAAAAUGUAUUUAUUUAUUAUGUAUACAAUAUUCUGUCUGUGUGUGUCUGAAGACCAGAAGAGGGCAGCAGACCUCAUUUUAGAUGGUUAUGAGCCACCAUGUGGUUGCUGGGAAUUGAACUCAUGACCUUUGGAAGAGCAGGCAAUGCUCUUAACCACUGAGCCAUCUCUCCAGCCCCUAAUGAAAAGAUUUUAAAUUUACAUUUUUAUUUGUGUGUGUGCGUGCACACACACAUGUGCGCAUACACAUGUACUACAGCAUGUAUGGAGAAAUCAGGUGACCAUUUUCAGGAGUUGGUUCCGGGGGUGGUACUCACAUGGGCUCAGGCUUCCAUGGCUCUGGCUUUCCUGUGCUGGACUCUUUUGAGGGCCAUAACUGAAGGCUUUCUUUCGCUCCUUCCUUCUUUGCCUUUUCUUAGUCAGUCUCUCUGUGUAGCUCUGGCUGGCCUGGAACCCACUCUGUAGACCAGGCUAGCCUUGGAAUCACAGGGUUCUGCCUGCCACUGAUUCCUGAGUGCUGGAGUUACAGGUGUGCACCGCCACCACCCAGUCACUUUCCAUGACUGUCCUUACUAUACUGGUGCUUCUGGGCUGUCAGUGGGGACAUGACAGCUUCUCACACUGGCUUUUCUGGAAGGGAAUGGAGGCAAGGGACAAAUUGCUUUGGUUGGGGUUGCCCUUCCUCCAAGAAGUCCCCAGUCCCACUUCACCCCAGGGCAGAGCUCUCCUCUGGCUUCUCAGUCUUAGCCAUGACCCUCUGUGCCUUCCAGGCUCACUCACUUUGAGCUGUCAUUGGUCUGUCUCCCUGCGGUCCUAGGAGAUGGGGACAUAUCUAAAUAAUUCUUCUUCCUCCUCCUCCUUCCUUCUCUCCCCUUCUUUUUUUAUCCACUCCCUUUUCUUUGUAGCCCAUGGCUGGUCUGGAAUUCUCUCUAGCCCAGGUUAACCUCAAACUGUCCACCCUCCUGUCUCAGAUGUUUGAGUGUGAUUAUAGGCAGGUGCCAUGCCGCUCGACUUCUGCUUUAUCAUGGCCCAGCAGCUCCCAGAACAGAAACCGAGCAAUGGCUGUCUGUUUGUUACAUAAAUAAAGAAUUGGUUCCAGGGUGUGUACUAUUAUUCUGCACUACAGGACUACGGGUAAUUUGAGGGGACUGUCCAACUCGUACAGUAGCGAGAAACCAGUAGGGAUUUGAAUCUGGGCAACUUGACUUCCUAUCCUGUGUUCUUAUCCAACAUGUCAAAUGACUGCUGGUCUGAAAACCAGCUUUUCAGAAACUGAUGUCAGCCUGCUCAGUCUUCUAGAAAUCUCCGGAAGAGCAUGCAAGCUGGUGGGGAGGUUAAGGACUGUGGGGACAAGGGAAAGGCACCAGAAAACCAGACACCGGCCUGAUUUUAUGGUGAGCGAGGGGGAGUCUGGAGGGGCUUUGGUAGACCCAUAGGGGGCAGCCGGAGACGGCAGCCAGAGAUGCGGGGGCGGAGAAAGGGUGGGGACCGGCCCCGCGGGGGGCGAUGCGGUAGCUGCAGCGGCGGCCGAAGGAGUUUCCCACAAUGCAGCGCGGCGCGCUGUCCCCGGUGCUGAUGCUCAGCGCUGCCCCGGAGCCUCCACCGCGCCCGCCUCCCGCCCUUUCCCCCCCGGGCCCAGGCUCAGCGCCUCGCCAUGGCUCAGCUCGCCCGGGUCCUGCCCCAGAGCCGUCUGGGGGCCUGGCUGCGGCACUCGACAGCAGUCUGCGGGCCGCCGUGGCGUUCAAGGCGGAGGGUCAGCGCUGCUACCGAGAAAAGAAGUUCCGAGAAGCUAUUGGCAAGUACCACCGGGCACUGCUGCAGCUGAAGGCAGCUCAGGGGGCCCGCCCUGGCGGCCUGCCCGCCCCCUCCCCCGGACCCGCAGUCAGCCCGGGGCCGGCCCGCCUCAGCGAGGAGCAGCGGCGCCUGGUGGAGAACACAGAGGUUGAAUGUUAUGACUCCCUCACCGCUUGCCUCCUGCAGUCGGAGCUGGUGAACUAUGAGCGUGUGCGCGAGUACUGUCUCAAGGUGUUGGAGAAACAGCAGGGCAACUUCAAGGCCACCUAUCGCGCCGGCAUCGCCUUUUACCACCUGGGUGACUACGCGCGUGCGCUGCGCUACCUGCAGGAAGCCCGAAGCCGGGAGCCCACAGACACCAAUGUUCUCCGCUACAUCCAGCUGACUCAGCUGAAGAUGAACCGUUGCAGCCUCCAGCGGGAAGACAGCGAGAGCGGGACUGGAGGCCCAGCUCGGGAUGUCCUGGGCUGAGGGCAAAGGGCGGCCUCUACCUUAUUCCCUCUAACCUCGCCAGGCAGCUCCCCUGGCUCGUGUGUUUACUGGUAAAGCGCCUGCCACUGGUG